AUGAAAGCUGUCGGUAUUGAUUUGGGAACGUCAUAUUCCUGUGUUGGUGUUUGGCAAAAUGAUGGAGUUGAAAUUAUUGCAAAUGACCAGGGUAAUCGUACAACACCAUCAUAUGUAGCUUUCACUGAUACAGAAAUUCUUAUUGGAGAUGCGGCCAAAAAUCAAGUUGCUAUGAAUCCUCAUAAUACUGUAUUUAAUAUUCUUCGUCUCAUUGGUCGUAAUUUCAAUGAUCAGGACGUUCAAUCUGAUAUGAAGCAUUGGCCGUUCAAGAUUAUAAACAAGAAUGGCAAACCAGUUAUCAAUGUAGAAUAUAAAGGAAAAAAAAAAGAUUUCACACCCGAAGAAAUUUUAUCCAUGGUAUUGGUGAAAAUGAAAGAGACCGUAGAAGCAUUCCUUGGUACACAAGUGAAAAAUGCUGUAAUUACAGUUCCAGCUUACUUUAAUGAUUCUCAGCGUCAAGCAGUAAAAGAUGCUAGUUUGAUUGCCGGUUUAAAUACAUUUCGCAUUCGUACUGGAUCAACUGUAGCGGCUAUUGCUUACGGAUUGGAUAAGAAAACUACUGGAGAACGAAAUGUUCUCGUCUUUGAUUUGGGUGGCGGUACUUGUAACGUCUCUCUCUUAACUAUUGAAGAGGGGAUUUUUGAAGUAAAAGCUGUUGCUGGUGAUAAUCAUCUUGGUGGUGAAGAUUUUGACAAUCGUCUUGUAAAUCAUUUUGUACAAGAAUUCAAAAGAAAAUUUAAAAAAGAUAUUUCAUCGAAUGCACGUGCUGUCCGUCGUUUAAGAACAGCAUGUGAACGUGCGAAACGUACACUUUCAACAUCAAUAAAAGCUUCCAUUGAAAUUGAUUCUCUUUAUGAAAGUAUUGACUUCUAUACCUCUUUGACGCGUGCCAGAUUUGAAGAAUUAAGUCAAGAUCUAUUUUGUUCUACAAUGGAACCUGUUGAGAAAGUACUUCGGGAUAGUAAAAUUGACAAAAGUCAAGUUCAUGAAAUUGUUUUAGUUGGUUGUUCAACUUAUAUUCCUAAGAUUCAAAGACUGGUAUCUGAAUUCUUUAAUGGUAAAGAACCAAACAAAUCUAUCAAUCCUGCUGAAGCCGCAGCCUAUGGUGCUGCCGUAGAAGCUGCUAUUUUAUCUGGUGAUACUUCUGAAAAGACUCUAGAUCUACUUUUACUUGAUGUCGCUCCUUUAUCUCUGGGUAUCGAAACUGCUGGUGGUGUUAUGACACCACUUAUUAAACGAAAUACUACAAUACCCACUAAGAAAUCUGAAAUUUUUUCUACGUAUUCUGAUAAUCAACCUUAUAUAUCGAUAUCAGUAUAUGAAGGCGAACGUACUCGAACAAGAGAUAAUAACUUGCUAGGAACAUUCAAUUUGACUGGGAUUUCUCCAGCACCAAGAGGUGUUCCGCAAAUUGAAGUUACCUUUGAUAUUGAUGCAAAUAGCAUCUUGAACGUUUCUGCUGUUGAUAAAACAACAGGCAUAUCAAAUAAAAUUACCGUCACUAAUGACAAAGGACGAUUAUCGAAGGAAGAAAUCGAACGCAUGGUUGCUGAAGCUGAAAUAUAUCAUGCGGAAAGAAAACAAUAUGCACAAAGUAUAGAAGUAAAAAAUCACCUCGAAUCCUACGCAUACAACCUAUUUAAUGUAGUUCAAAAAAUCGAUAAUAUAAAGAAUAAACUUCAAAAUGCAGCACAAAAUUCGAUUACAUGGAUUGAGAAUAACCAAGAAGCAAGUAAAGAUGAAUAUGAAUAUGAACAAAAAUUACUUGAAAGGAUUGUCGACCGAAUAAUGAAUAAACUUCAUAACGUAAAUGUUUCUUCAUAG